AUGGUUGUGUUUCUUGGCUGGACUCUGCUCUCUGUGUGCCUGCUGGUUUGUGCCUCUCAAGGCCAGAAAAACUUCACAGCUGAGUCUGGACAGAACGUCACUUUGACAUGUCAAGCUCGAAAAAACAUCCAGACUGUGAAGUGGAGCAGAGCUGACCUGGGAGAUGAAUAUGUUUUUUUGUAUCGGGAUGGGAGGGAAACUUUAGUGCACCAGCAUCCAUCUUUUAAGGACCGGGUGGAUCUAAAGGACAAACAGAUGAAGGAUGGAGACGUGUCUUUGAUUCUGAAGAAUGUGACGAUUAAUGACACUGGAACAUACGAGUGUCGUGUCGUUGAGACAGGAACAUCUGGUUUGAAGCCCAUCAGCAUCAUCUACCUGAGUGUUGUAGAUCAGCCAAGAAGACCUGUUGGACUGAUAGUUGGUCUGUCAGUUUCCGGUGUCCUCAUUGUUGCUGCUGUUGUUGGCUUUGUGAUCUACAGAAAGUAUAAAGGAUAAAAGAGUCAUCUGCAGCACAUUCAAAUAUCUCAGACCUCUGAACAGCUAAACUUUGAGUCUCCUGCUGCUGUCUCGACUUCCAAGUGAUGUCAGUGAACAGGGGGACAGACACCAGGGACCUCACGAAGAAAUUAAUUAUGAAGUGUCACCAUAAAAUGUUAUUCUGUCUUAUCUCUGGAUAUGGAGAUGAUGUAAAGUCUUUGUGAGGAACGCAGAGUAAAGAAAAUCUAAAAGAAAACAGAGAAUUCUGCUGAUUCAACAGUUAUUGUCUAAUUUUGCUGCAUCCAGCUUACACAGUAAAAUUAGACUUGCCGUUGUUCACAAGUUCCAAUUUUAACAAAAACAUGGUGCUUCUGUUUAUUACUAAUGUUAUGGCUGCAGAUUAGUGUCUCACACUUUAACUCAGCACUUUAUCAGGAAAUUGCUUUAGUCUGUCAGCAGAUCAAGUGUGAAGUGAAGUUAAUUUGACUGAUUCAA